GUAGGAUCAAGUACUUAUAUAGAGCUGACUUCCCUGUCGCUUAAGGUUUGCGAGUUACCACUUACAAAAAUCAAGUGAUAAACCACUUUGCACAUGAGACACCAAACUCCUAUAUCAGAGUCACCUAUCAUCUCGAACAAAUUGAAACCAUUUAAAUACACCACUCCGAAUCUUUCAGUAUGCUAGAUUUCAGCAUGUUAGACCGGCUCGUCAAGAAGCUCAUGGGUGGCGAUGAAUUUUAUGGUCUCCAUGAUCCUCAGGCAAUCAUUACGAAGGGUCAGGAACUUGAUCGCAAAUACGGAUACAUGUACGGCAACUCCUACGAGAAGGAAGCUCGCAAGAAGGCGGCCCAGAUGAGCGCAGGAUACGGGAAUAGUAAUGGGGGCGGUAGUGCAGGAUGGAGCAGCUAUGCACGCUAAGAUAAACUAUAAGAAGCUAAGGGGUUGAGACAGGUCUAAAGGAACACGCAGCAUUUAACUUUUCUACAUGCGACAAUGAAGAAACGACCUCUACACUAAGACAAUCUCUGAGACCUGCAAACCUUCCAGCAGCCCUUUUAUACGAUGAGCGUAGGCUCUGGAAGUGCUCUCCAGAGUCUCCAUGCUUGGCUCUCGCAAAGUAUCAUCUUUCUUUAGGCGUUGCGAGAAUUUGGUGUAAUUGCUUAUUAAUAAAGCAUUAUGGCUGAUACUAACAUGGCCAACUCGCUCAUAGCCGUCACUUCCCAGCUUUUUGAUAACAUGGAUACCACAGAAAGCAAA